AUGUCGACUAAUGUACAAUCGGGGAUGUUGGCUAAUUUUUGGGGAGGUAUGGGGUUUGACUCUGAGUUUGUUAAUUCUAAUGGUCACUCGGGUGGUUUAGCUUGUAUGUGGGAUCCCAAGACAUAUGUGAAAGACAUGGUAGCGAAAGAUGAUAAUUAUCUUCAUGUUUCGGGUUUGCUGACGGAUGGUUCUAUUCGUCUUAAUAUUAUUAAUGUUUAUGCUCCUCAACACAAUCAAGAUAAGAGAAAUCUGUGGGCAAAAAUUGUGCAACUUAUGCAAUCGGGUCAAGGUUGGUGGUUGGUUUUUGGCGAUUUCAAUGCAGUUCGAAAUAUGGGAGAAAGAAAAAAUUCAAAGUUCGAUACAGUUUGUGCUAGGGAUUUUAAUAAUUUUAUUGAUGAGGCGAGCCUUCAAGAAUAUAAUUUAAAAGGUAUGAAGUAUACUUAUAUGACGAAUAGGGGAGGCAAGUGUAAGAUAAGUAGAAUUGAUUGGAUGCUCGUUUGUUGCAAUGUUUUUAAUAAAUGGCCAAAUGCUUGUGUUCGCGCUUUAAAUAGAGAAUUAUCUGAUCACUCACCGCUAAUUCUAUCACUCGUUGAUACCAAUUUUGGACCAAAGCCGUUUCGUUGUUUUGAUUCUUGGCUUGAUAGAUCGGGCUGCGUUGAGAUUAUUACUUCAGUUUUAAUUGGAAAUAAUAUGGAGGGUCCUUCGGAUCUCAAUCUUAAUAAUAAACUAAAGAUGUUGCGUAACAGAUUAGAAGUGUGGUAUAAAGCAUGUGAAUGCAAUGAAGAAGAAGAGGAAAAAAGACUUCGUAAUGAAAGAGAUGAGAUCGAGAGGCUGAUGGAAUAG